AUGGACACAAACGUCAACAAAUCAAUUGGUUGUCAAACAUCUUCACUAUCGAUGAAUGUGUGGACACAAACUCAAGACAUUACACGAUACACAUCAAGUGAUUGUCAAACAACUGAUGAUUUUAUAGAUAAUUGCAAUCAAAAUAUUAACAAAACAAUUGAUGAAGUUUUAAGUGAUAGUGAUAUCAAUGACUGCGAUAUCAAUAGUAUUAUCAGUAAUAGUGAAUCAAUUGAUGAAAAUUGUGAUAACAAUAAUGUAAAUCAAACCAUAAAUGUUGAUAAUUUUGAAGAUAUUAACAAUCAAAGAGAUGACAAACAAUUGACAAAUAAUGUUAACAUUGAUUUGGAUGACAACAAUGACAGUCAUAUUAUUUGUGAAUCAAUAGUCGAUGAAAAUGUCGAUAAUAUUGAUAUUAAUAGUAGAGAUGAUAAUCAAUCUGAUAAUAAUAAGAAUGAAGACAUCAAUGAAGACAUUAAUUGUCAAUCAAAUGGUAGCGAAACUGAAGAAUACAGUUGUGAUGGUUUACAACAGAGUAGUAGUAGUAGUGAUGAAGAAUUGGUGGUAAAAGUUAGACAACAAUCAGUGAAGAAUAAAAAGAGUAAAACUGUGUUUAAAUAUCAAUGCAAUUUGAAUGACUGUAACAAACGGUUCCGCAAUGAAUAUAUACUUAAUAGACAUAGAAAUAGACAUCAAUUAUUGGAUAGGGAUUUGAAUACCAAUACUAUGGUCGACAACAAUACGGGUGUCGACACUAAACAACAACUACAACAACAUAUCAGACAAAACAAUCAUCAAAGACGACGACGACAAGGAGGAGGAAGAAAGCCAUUGAAGAAUAAUAAAGUAAUUGAUAGUAAAGUUAGACAAUCAGUGAAACAGAAGAUCAAGAAGAAAGUAAAGCGAAUUCAAUCCGAAGAUGAACUGAAAGCCAUGAAACUGUUUGACACCAAAAAAUGCCGGCAAACUGAUGGCACGUAUCGGUGUCCAUGGGAUGGUUGUAUGCGAACAUUCGGGUCGUCAUCAACCUUUCUCAGACAUCGGCACUACCAUUUAGGUACAUACCGGUGCCCAUUAUCUGAUUGUGGUUUUCUGGCCACUUGUUUUAGUCAAUUAAGAAUACAUGAAACCAUACACUCGUCGGACAAAUCAGUUGAAUGUCCGGAUUGUACGAAAUGUUUUUCAUACGAAAAUUUGUUAAAAUCACAUCAACUGGUAGUACAUCCCGAUGUCUAUCCCGACAUACCUUAUCUGAAAUGUCCAGAAACUGGUUGUACAUAUCGUACAAAACUGUUACGUUUACUAACAAAGCAUAAAAAAGCUCAUCUUAUGCUAUACUGCUGUACUGUUUGUGGCAAACGUUUCAGAGAUAAUACUCAUCUGAAAGUACAUCAAUCUGUCCAUCAGUCCGGCAAACAAUACAAAUGUAGUUUAUGUGGCAAACAAUUCAAAACACGGCUAUACCUGACUAGACAUCAUCAGCUACACCAUCAACUAAUGGACUUUAACUGUGAUUACGAUGGCUGUAACGAAUCGUUUACUAUUAAACUAAAAUAUCUUCAACAUCGGAAAACACACGACAAGGACAACCCCAAUGUCGAUCCCCGUCCUCACUGGUGUCAGUGGCCGGGAUGUGAUCGUAGGUUUAAGUCAAACGCUUCGAUGACUUACCAUAUGAACACACAUACGGGUGCUACUGUCUACCGGUGCUCGUGGCCUGAUUGCGAUAAAAGUUUUAUCAAUAAAGCAUCGAUUCAAGCGCAUAUGGCCCGACACCAGGGUAGAAGUAUAUACCGGUGCUCGUGGCCUGAAUGCCAUUACAGUUCAGCAAAUAAUAUUAGAUAUAAAAGUCAUAUAAUUAAGCACAAGGCUAUCAUUGCAUAG